AGCGCACUGUUCAAAUCAUCUUGUAUUGUUUACCGUGCGGUAAUAACUGCUAUCUCUCGGCUCUACUGUUAGGUCUGAACUCGACGAAGCUUACAAACUGGGCCAACUGUUGUCACGGAUACUCACUGUUGAUCGCUUUUGUCUCUCCACCUGCAUAUAGAAAUGGAGACUUUCGCGUUAUACAUUUCAGAAAAUCUGGGUACGGAUGUUGCGGCUGUUCGUCUACUUUUAUCCAUGUUCAUGGGUUAUCCUAUCGCUUUUCUAUACAACAUGAAGGCAAGCUCGUGGAAAAUUUCCUAUCGGCAUCUUUAUUUGUUUACCUGUGGUGUCCUUUUGUUCCUGUGGAAUUUUGGUUUUGAUAUUGUGCAUAUGUUUGUUGGGAUUUUUGCGACACUGUUUGUUAAUUAUUUCUUUAUGCACUCGAGAACUGCUGUCACCUUUGCUUUCGUGUUUAAUAUGGGAUAUUUAAUUAUCGGCUCUCAUAUAUGUAAUCGAGGUACCUAUGAUAUAAAUUGGACAACACCGUAUUGUGUUCUUUGUUUGCGAAUGAUUGGAUUAUCAUGGGAUUUAUAUGAUGCAUCUAAAACAGAAAGUCAACGUUCGGUUUCUCAAAGAAAGUCAGCUUUAUCUAAAUUUCCUGGAGUAUUGGAGACAUUAGCUUUUUCUUUUACUCCAACAGCUUUUCUUACUGGACCCCAGUUUCCCAUGCGACAUUUCCAAGCAUUCAUUGAUGGAUCAUUAAGGCCAGUAGUCCUCUUAAGAGAAAGCACAUUUAAACACCGUUUCAUCUAUAAUGCCAAGUUCCGUCGGACAUUGAAUCGCUUGGUACUGGGAUAUUUUGGCGUAGUUGUUUUAUCGAAAUGGUUCGCAAUGUACCCUGCCGAUAUAAUGUUAACUGAUGAGUUUCAAUAUGAAUGGAGUUUCAUUUCACGUCUGCUUUACAUGAUGAUAUUUGGACAAUUAACGUUAUUACGUUAUGUAUCAAUCUGGUUAAUAGCUGAAGGUUCUUGUGUUUUAAUUGGGCUUGGAUGUACUGGUUUUGUUCAUAUUAGAUCUAAAGGAUCUAUUCAACUUCCCGAUUUUAUAACAAAUAAGGAUUCUGACACGCUUACACGUGACGGUCCUGUUUUAAAACGUCGGGAUUCUGCUGUGGAUUGGUCUCUUGUAGAUAACUAUAUCAAAUCCCAUGCAGAACUUUAUGAUCCUGACCAAGUGAUAUUACGUGAAGCUCCUCAUACAGCCUGUGCAAAUAUCUCUUUAAAACGAUAUAUUUUCGCAACAAAUACUGACGAUCUUGUCGCUGGUUUCAACAUCAAUACCAACAGAUGGCUUUUAGAUUAUGUUUAUAAACGCUUACGUUUCUUGGGCAAUAAAAAUUUAUCUCAAUUAAUAUCAUUAUUAUUUUUGGCACUUUGGCAUGGCACAUACAGUGGCUAUUAUGUCAAUUUUGGAAUAGAAUUAUUAGUAGUGACAGUUGAAAAAGAUUUUUUAUCUAUACUGAAGAAUUCAAAAUACAAUCAUUUCUUUUAUAAGACGUUUAUUGGACGUGUAAUCAGCAGUGUAUGUGGCAAACUUCAUAUUUAUUUUAUUCUGUCUAAUUCGAUGGUAGCGUUUUAUUUAUUAAAAUUUCAUCUAUGGUUUCCUGUAUUGAAAUCAAUUUAUUUCAUUGGUUUAUGGUAUGUAUUUUGGCCAUUAAUAAGACCAACUGUCAAAUAUCUACUACCACCAUUACCGAAAUCUCAAUCAGAAAAGUCAUCUCAACUUUCAACAACAAUGAAUGGUGACGUCACUUCCGUCAUUGAUCAGUUAUCAUCAAGAAAACAACAGUGAUACGAUAGCAUAAUAUAAUUGUAUUUAUUUCCUUACCGUGUUCAUCCAAAUAUGUUAAAUAUAUACAUAUAUGUGUACGUAUCUAUGUGAAUACGAAGAUCGAGAAAACAUGAAACUGUGACUAUUAUUGUUGACCUGUUGUGCCUUUCUUCUAUCAUGAGUAAAUUAAGAUGACAAAGAAAUAAUAAUGACUCGUUCAUAUGGUACGAUACUAUAUGAAUUUAUACAUGUUAAUGUACUGUUCAUACUAUUAUUUCUUUUCAAUUUACUCACUAAAAGGAUAUAGGUUGAGCACUUUUAUCUUUAAAUUGUUCAGCAAAGAUUUUUUUAAAUAAUUAACAACUCAUAUCAACUUUAACAUUUCAAUUUUUAUUUUUUUUAUAACCGACUAGAUUUUUCCAUGUGUUUUUAUUAAGGCUAAUUGCCUAUAUUAAUAAUAAUAAUAAUAAUUAUUAUUAUUAUUAUUAUGACUGUUGUUGUUAUUAUCAUUGUUAUCUGUUAAAUUUCUUUUUCCUUGAUGAAAUGAAUAUGAUUUACUUUGAAACAACUUGCAACGGACAAUGAAUAGCUUUUAAGUAUUUUUGCUUCUAUUAUUAUUAUUAUUAUUAUUAUUAUUAUUAUUAUUAUUAUUAUCUUUCUCUAUGCUAUGUAUUUUAAUUUAUUUAAGCAUACACUGCGUACACUAUGUACUUCUACUUUUGUAUGUAUUUUCUUUUGUUAUUGGUAAUCAUCAAAUUGUUAAUUAGUGUUUCCCUCAAUUCCUUGUCAUUUUAUUUCUUCCACUUUCUGUCUCUUUCUGUUAUUUCAUUUUUAUUAUUAACAGAUCUACCUCUAAAUCUACACUUAUUCACUUUUUCUAUUGCAAUGUGAUAUUUUUUAAGAAAACAGUAUCGCUGGCUACCAGUACUAAUCAUAUAAAAUUUCACUAGUGUGUAGCAAAUUUUUAAUCGAGCGAUAUAUAUAUAUAUAUAUAUAUA